GCGGCGGCCGUGACCGCAGUGGCGAUGGCGGUGGUGGCCUGGCGGCGGGCCCGGCCCGUGCGGGAGGUGCUGUUCUUCCCCUCGCCGCCCUGCUGCAUCGAGGCGCUGCUGGCCGAGGCGGCCGAGCCCGGGGCGCCCGCCCGGCCCUGCCCGUGCCCGCUGCCCAGCGGCGACACCGCCCUGAGCCGCCUGGUGCGCCGCCUCCUCUCCGCCCGCCGCUCGCUCGACCUCUGCCUCUUCUCGUUCUCCUGCCCGCAGCUCGCCCGGGCCGUGCAGCUCCUGCACCGCCGCGGGGUCCGCAUCCGCCUGGUGACGGACGCGCAGUACAUGGGGCUGCACGGCUCCCAGAUCGGCCGCCUGCGCCAAGCGGGGAUCCAGGUGCGCCACGACCAGCACAGCGGCUACAUGCACCACAAGUUCGCCAUCGUGGACCGCAGGAUGCUCAUCACAGGCUCCCUCAACUGGACCACCCAGGCCAUCCAGAGCAACCGCGAGAACGUGCUGGUGGUGGAGGACGCCGAGUACGUGAAGGCUUUCCAGGAGGAGUUUGAAAGGAUUUGGGAAGAGUACAAUCCUGCCAAUUACAGGUUUUUUUCUGAAAGGCAGUAAAUUAUAGAGCUGCCUCACAGGGCUAGUGGAGCAUGGUAACACCCACAGAGUUUAUUAUUAUUAUGCAUAGACAUCAUUGUUUUGUCCAUCUGGGUGUAACUUUGGUAAAUGUCUCCAGAGAAGUGUUCUCUGCCCUAAAAUGCCACAGAUCCCUUGCUGUGGGUCAUUCCCGUGCUAGAGGGAAUGAUACAAGUGUUUGAUUGUGAAGGUGACAGAGCUGCAUCCAUAGGCAUUAAAACUUUGGGCAGGCUCGUUGCUGUGCCCUGGUGCAGACCUGGUGUGUUCCUGCAGUGCUGAGCGUGUGUUUCAGUGGUAAAAGGAACAUUUUCAACUUGGGAUAUGGAAUGGAAUUGUAGCCAAUUCCAAAUGGAAUUGUAGCCCAAGGGCUCCUCUACACUGAAAAGGUAGGGAGAGAUAAGAGGGCUACAGCAGAGUUAAGAGUUUCUAUAGAUUAAGUGCCUCAGUUACAUUUCUUGUUGGCAUUAAUUGUUGAAAGUUGGUAAAAGGAAAUUCCUGGGAAAUAGCAACAAUUUCGAAGUUUUGAUUAUGUACCUGUUUCUUUUGGUUAAAGCUUAUCAGAGCUCUGGUGUAAAAGAUGAGCACAGAUGGUAAUGACAGCUUCUCUCCAGCAAGGAAGUGCAGGGAGCUGUGGAAGGAAAUGAGAGAAAUGGUUCUUUGGGAUCAGGGUUUAUCUGGAGAGCGGACACGGCUGGAGCUGGGUCACCACUUCAGGUGGGCCCUGGAAAUCCCACCUGGUUCUUUCAGGUGUUGGGACGCCUGUCAUGGUGUGUGCCCUCCCCUGGCAGCACCAGCCUGGGGACAGCGAGGGGAGGGAGGUGACAUCUCUGUCCCCACAGCUCAGGGUAGAACAAAGAUGAUGUAAAAACCUCAGAAUUUCAAACUCCAAAUAGUGUCGAUGAAAGAAUUGUUUUAUACUGAAUGGAAAGUGCCUUAAUAUCUCUCAAAAUGAAAAGAGGUUUUUGUAUUCUGUUACUAUUUUUUUACCAGUAUUGCUGUGAUUGGCACUGUUAAAUAAAGCAUUUUCACAGAAAAC